UUAAUAUUCUUAGAUGGUUUUAAUACCUAAAUUAGGAAAAAAAAUAAAAAUCAGUAACAUGGUACUUAAAGUGUGCUAAGAUGCAUGUUAGCAUAGCCCAAUCAUUUUUCACUCCGAUUUUCCAUUUCUUCUGUGGCUAAAAGUUAGGGUUUGCGUUAGGGUUUCACAGAACCUCGAAUCUUAUCUGCAAAGGAACAAUGGCGAUGAGGAACUUCUACAACGAGAUCAGAGGCUUGAAGGUGAAGGAACUCCCUGCACACGUCAAGCCCAUGUUCACAAUCGACUACAUCAAGAAAUCGAUCAACAAAGGAUUGGAUAACUACCAUGCCAAGUACAUCCAGACUAGCUCCAUUGACCCUCUCUUGCAUGUCUGCUACGGUGGCAUAAUCUUCUCCUACCUCGUCGCUCUUCCCGAGGAACGCCGCCAUCUCGAGCACCAGCAGCACGCCAAAGAGCACGGUGGAUCCGGACAUUGAUCUGAUCUGGUGUGGGUUCAG